CCUUUUACCAGUUAGAAGUUACUGAAUAAUUCAUGACAGCAGGGAAAGGCUGUCUUCUCCCUGGGUGAUGGAUAACGGAGCAGGAGAGCUCUCGCAGUGGGUUUGCCACAUCAGCCAGCGCUCUUGCUUCUGAGCACAGGGUGCGCGCCUCUCCAGCUCAGCUUCUCUUGCAGCCAGGCAUCUUCGAGGCAGCUGCCUGCCCACCCGCCUGGGCUUGUAGCUUUACCACUUCACUUUCUCCAAUUCUGCUGCCAGCUGAGGAGACUCCCCACAGCUGCUGGCUCCUGCCUGGGACCAUGUGUGUGGAUGCUGCUUGGGAGAAGCAAGGCGCUUGCUCCUGGCAUGGAUCCCAGCUCAGUUUCUCCUGUUGACUUCUGGACCACAGAUGCUGCUGCUGAGGAGGGAUUUCCUGGCAUCUCUCCUGCUAUCAUCAGCUAAGGACUGGCCCCAGAUCAAGCAGGCAAGUGUCAGGAUGGACCGCGCUGCGAGAAGCCAACGCUAGGGUGCGAGGUGUGAAGAGUUGUCCAGAAUGACCAACUCCUCCUCCACUUCCACCUCCUCCACCACCGGGGGAUCGCUGUUACUGCUCUGCGAGGAAGAAGAGUCCUGGGCCGGCCGGCGGAUUCCGGUGUCUCUCCUGUAUUCGGGGCUGGCCAUAGGGGGCACGCUGGCCAACGGCAUGGUCAUCUAUCUCGUAUCGUCCUUCCGAAAGCUGCAGACCACCAGCAACGCCUUCAUCGUUAACGGCUGCGCCGCGGAUCUCAGCGUCUGCGCCCUCUGGAUGCCACAGGAGGCGGUGCUGGGGCUCCUGCCCACCGGCUCCGCGGAACCCCCGGGGGUCUGGGACGGUGGCGGGGGCAGCUACCGCCUGCUCCGGGGAGGGCUGUUGGGCCUCGGGCUCACCGUGUCUCUCCUGUCCCACUGCCUCGUGGCGCUGAACCGCUACCUGCUCAUCACCAGGGCACCUGCUACCUACCAGGUGCUCUACCAGCGGCGCCACACGGCGGGUAUGCUGGCGCUGUCCUGGGCCCUGGCGUUGGGUCUGGUGCUGUUGCUCCCGCCCUGGGCGCCCAAGCCGGGAGCUGAGCCCCCGCAAGUUCAUUACCCCGCGCUCCUGGCAGCGGGAGCGCUGCUUGCACAGACGGCGCUGCUGCUACACUGCUACCUGGGCAUCGUGCGCCGAGUGCGCGUCAGCGUCAAGCGGGUCAGCGUGCUCAACUUUCACCUGCUGCACCAGCUGCCCGGCUGUGCCGCCGCCGCUGCCGCCUUCCCUGCCGCCCCACAUGCUCCGGGUCCUGGUGGCGCCGGGCACCCCGCGCAGCCCCAGCCCCUGCCGGCCGCGCUGCAGCCGCGUCGCGCGCAGCGACGUCUCAGCGGCCUGUCGGUGCUGUUGCUUUGCUGCGUCUUCUUGCUGGCCACGCAGCCGCUGGUGUGGGUGAGCCUGGCCAGCGGCUUCUCGCUGCCGGUGCCCUGGGGCGUGCAGGCGGCCAGCUGGCUCCUGUGCUGCGCCCUGUCGGCGCUCAACCCUCUGCUCUACACGUGGAGGAACGAGGAGUUCCGCAGAUCCGUGCGAUCGGUCCUGCCCGGCGUCGGGGAUGCAGCUGCAGCCGCCGCGGCCGCCACCGCGGUGCCAGCCAUGUCCCAGGCGCAGCUGGGCACCCGGGCGGCUGGCCAGCACUGGUAACUCACCUGGCCUUGGGGAGCUUCCUAAGCCAUCUGCCGCAUCACCUCCUCUCUUUGUAAGCUACCCCCAGCCCCAGAGAAGAUCCCCAUGGGGGAAGAGUUUGCCUUCCUUUCCCAGUGCAAUACCAGAACCGAGGUCUUUCCCUAAACGGAGUCCCAAAGUAAUCGUGCACUACCACCAGACUUUUCUCCUUUGUUCCUGUGUUUUAGAGGCACCCUUACGUCCAGGCACCCAGACUGCAAGGAUUUGUAAACUGACGUUUUAAAAGAACCAGUUAAUUUAUUUCAAGUUUGCUUUGGAAACAUAGCUUUCGAAACAUGCAACCCUUCCAACCUCCAUCGUCUUAUAUAUGGAGUGCCUAGAGUGUAUGAGUGUGUGCAUGAGUCAAAGGGAAUACUACGGAGGAAGAAACUGUGUGUGCAGACAGCAUUUUAACCAUGCUUCCUUCUGUUACAGUCUUUGUAUAUUGGCCUGAAAGAGUGAAACCACAGGUGUGUACCCCCGUGUGCAUUGUCAUUGAGACCUCAAGCCCUUUCUUCUUUAAAGGGUCAUUAUUGAGUCACUUAUGAAAUGAGAUAGACACUCAGCCAGUGAGGAAACAAACCAAAUUUAUUGUUUUGCACCCCCUCUCUACUCAUUUCUAAGGUGGAAAGCUAGCGUUGGGUGUUACAUCGAAAAAUUUCAAGUUUGCUAAUGGAUGGUCUGAAACCAGAAAUGGAAUUUUGGAAACAAAAAAGGGGGGGCUAUCUAUUUUAGGUAGUAGUUCCACAUUUUCUAAAGCAUGCACACUUCCUGCUACCCACAUUUGUAACCAAUUUAUUCGCCUCUGAGUGUGACCGCAGCUUUGAACAUUCUGUACUAUACUGGUUGCUAAGGAGAAUGAAUCCUGCCUUCUCUUUAAGAUGUCUCAAUGCACACGAUAUACUUAAACACUAAUGCCAUAAUUGCAUAGCUCAUGUUAGCUGCCGUUGCAUGCUCCUAGAUGCUAGAACGUAUUGGGCAUGUGGUACCCAAAGCAAUACCCACGAGACAAGGACAUUCUGCUUCUUCCAGACGCCAGAAGGGAUGGUCCUUCAUCAUUUGGAAAGAGACACAGAUACACCUGUGGCUGCCUAGAGUUCUGGUCUUGACCUGGUUUAUGAGAAAACUGCCACUUGGAACCUCAGUUCCUAAGUGAAACUGAUGGUCAAGAUGAUACACUAUUACAGAUUGGCUCUGCAAAGCCACUUGUGCUUUUCAGGGGUUAGGCAAGCCACCCGCUAGGAAGUAUCACUGUUUUAUGUUAUUCAUAGAUAUUGCCAUGCCAUUUAAAAUCAGCAUCAUGUCUGUUGAAGAUGGGAUGGUACACUCAGUUGUGUGUCAAAGGCACGUUCCAAAUGGGACUCUACUCUCCAAUGUCUCAGGCGAGGUUUCCCAUCUUCAUCUUUGUUUUUAGAUACAUUUUCAAUGUGCAAAACCAUGUGAAAUCAUCUCAUGAAAUUAAGCAGGGAAGACAGUAAUAAGAAGCACAGAGAAGUCUGUUAGCCACGUCGAGUCUGGGGCCAAACAGCCUCAACGAACUUCAUAAUUCAGAAGUAAAGACGGCUUUACUUCUGCUUGGCUGCACCCUUGGACCAAGAAUGGUAAGAACACUUGUACAUUUGAAUAAUUAUGGGAGACACAGAGAAUGGACAGUUUUGGAGGAAAACAAAAUAAAUGUGUGUCCCUAACAAUACAUCCGCAGUCAUGUUAUUAACCAAACU